UUUAGUGUCCGUGUUCGGUUACAAGUUGUGAGUGGUGAACAAGUGCUUUCGAGGAGGAAAGAAUGGACUAUCUUGUGGAAGUAUACGAUGAAUAUAACCAUGCGGACAAGUUAUCAGAUGACAGGACGAAAGGAUGGGCCUUUGUCGACUCAGUUUACACAGUGUUGGCAACAGUUGCCUUGUACAAUUGGGCCGUCCGGCGAGGCAUUGAAUACAUGAAGAAUCGACCGGCGUUCAAUUUGAAAGGACUCAUUCUGCUGUACAAUCUCUUCGUGGCCCUCAUCAAUGCCUACAUCCUCAUCGAGACUGUCACUUGCGUAACCACCCUCAAAUACAGUCUCUUCUGCAAUGAGAGUGCCAAAAACAAUAGGGAUCCCCUAGAGAUGCGGCUGGCCAAUGUCUCGUGGCUUUUCUACAUCGCCAAAUACAUCGAGCUGUUCGACACGGUGUUCUUUGUGCUGAGGAAGAAGAAUCAGAAUUUGAGCUUCCUGCAUAUCUACCAUCACAGCAGUAUAGUGUUCUUCAUCUGGAUCCGCGUGAAAUGGUUCCCAACUGGAAACAGUUUCCUAACCAUCAUCAUAAAUUCCGGGGUUCAUGUCAUCAUGUAUCUCUACUACGCACUCACCCUCCUCGGUCCGAGCGUGACCAAGUACCUGUGGUGGAAAAAGUAUUUAACGAUACUGCAAUUAGCCCAAUUUCUCUUCGGCGUGUACGUUCACUUUGUCUCCUUGAGGAUGAACUGUACUUUCUACCCCAAAUGGUACGUGAUCACCGAAAUCGUCUACGUCAUGAUAUUUGUCCUCCUCUUCAGCCAAUUCUACUUCAAAGCGUACGCCAAGCAGUCGAAGCAGAAAAAGGCAUCGUAAAUUCAGCGCCAAAUGUAGUGUAAUUAGUGAAUAAAAUAAAAUAAGA